AAUAAUGUAUUAACAUGACUAUACUCCUGGCAAUCCUCUUUGUACAGAGCACUGUUUGAAAGCUUGCUUUCCCUUUUCUCUUUUGCUCUUCUCUCCCUAUAGGUACAGGGAACAACUCACGUCCCGCUCAACCAGUUUCGAUUUUAUUUAUGUUUUGAACCGGAGUAACCUUAUGCACUAUUUACCUAGUUUUAUCAGGAUGCAAAAGUGUGGUUUAAAUAGUUUUCGCAAUUAGUCCAGGUGCCUCAUUACGAAAUCCUCCUUCAGGAUGAACAGUUGUCGUUUGUGCGUCAAUGAUUUCCUCCUACUGCGAAAGGAUUACAAUAUCCACAACUUGAAAGCCAAGCUCAGAGCAGUGUUCUCGUUCGAGAUAACACCACACGAGCGCCUCUCCGAAGUGGUAUGUCCUGAUUGUGUGCAAAUCAUUGAAAAAUUUUACGAUUAUGCUACCACGGUCGAACAGAACCAACAGGAAUUACUUCAUCAGGCGCAGGGAGACAGUAGGUCAAACGAGACGUCUUCCUUGCUGUUACCACAUCAUGCUAACAGUCAACUGCUUAUCCCCGAGGACGAAAUAAAGGUUGAAAUCACGGCGUCGGAAAGUGUCUUUGCAGAAACGCUGUCACCAGAAUCAGAAUCUGCUUUGCUAGUAGCAAAGAAGCAUUCCAGGUCAAUUGCUCCACCGGGAAGGUUUCAGAAAAAUUUAAUCAGUCGUCACAUGAACAUGUCCUGUGAUAUCUGUCAGGAGGACCAGUUCACGUUUCAAAAGUUGGAGACCCAUUUCAAGAAGUACCAUGGGAAACAGUUCUACAUUGCCUGUUGUGGACAGAAGCUGACCAACGAACAGAUGAUUGCGGAACACUUGGAGAAACACAAAACCAUGACCACCAUCAAGGAUGCACGUGAAACUAGUAGUUCUUGGGAACGGCGAGUGUCGUCUGCGUUUGGUUCGAUUUUGACUGACUUUCGAAAGGACUUGGAGGAUUACGAACCAUUGCCGAAUAUGACACUCGCUCUGAACGGCGACACAAGAGAGCAGCAGAAGCUAUACGACGUUCAAGAUUACUUGGUGCAAACUUACUUCAACCUAGAUUGUGAACUUUGUGGGUAUCGAAUGAACAAUCUGGACGAACGUCGGAUGCAUUUCCGGGAUGUUCAUCCCAAGGAGAAAUAUUUUGUCUCAUGCUGUGGACAACGUUUUUCCAUCCGGAUCAGUAUAAUGCGCCACCUGAACCGUCACUGGAAGUUCGUAGCCAAUGGAUCGUUGAGGGACUCUACCUUGAAGAACGGCAAAGUAGAAACUGAUGAAUUCGCUGAAGCAGUGACGCAAUCUAAUAAAGCCAAUUGGUUACGGCAAAUGCAAAUACUCUACGGUCCAUUGAUGAACGAAUUCCGCGAUGACCUCAUCGAAGGAGGUUUUAACCCACCCACGAAAUUACCCGAAACCAAAUCCACAGAACAGCAGAAGUUGCUCCAUCAGAUGCAGGAUUUUCUGAUUGCCAAACACAGUCCACUAAAUUGCGAACUUUGUGGAGUUGAGAUCAGCACUUACCUUGGCCGCCGAGAACACUUCAACAUAGGCCAUCCAAAGGAAAAACUGUACAUCCAAUGCUGUGGUAAAAAGAUUUCGACCAGACAGAAGAUUAUCGUUCAUUUGCUACGACAUCGAAAGGGCUUGCGAACAAUGGAACCGCACAUACGAUUCGCUCCGGAAAAUUCUUACGAGAAGCACGAACAGGAUGACGCCAUCAUUGAGGGCUACUACAAGAUGGACUGUGAACUGUGUGACUAUGCCGGAAAUUCCUACCUAGGACUGAGAGCACACUUUCAAAAAUCUCACAAGGAGGAAGGGUUUUUCAUCACAUGCUGCAAUCGAAAGAUGAAGACCAAAUACCACAUCCUGGAGCACAUUGCUGCCCAUCAGAAACCGGGUUCUCUGAAGUGUGAUCACUGUGAGGCCACCUUUUCCACGGAACGAAUACGCAAGGCCCACGUUAACCGGAAACACGCCAGUGAUGAGGAGAAGGUGUUCCGCUGCGAACACUGCGUCGAAUCUUUUUCCACCAAAAACCUGCUGAUGUUGCACUCGUACAAGCACGAGCUGAUGACUUGCGACAUUUGCGGAGCAGAGAUGAAGCGCUGUUCCCUUCGGGUGCACAAGCUGAACAUUCACAAACAGGGCGAGGAAAUCGUGUGUCAUGUUUGCGCUAAAGUGUUUCAUUCCAAACAUAUGUUCAACACGCAUUAUCGGAAGGCACAUCUGGGCAUACGAAAGAAGUACAAGAAGAAAUCUCGAGCGAAAAAGAAACCACUGGUUCAGGAAGAGUUUGAGGGUGUUGAUCUGGAGGACCCAGGCAAAGCUAGGACGCUACAGCUGAGGAUCGAACCAUUGUUCAUGAACGACUAAGAUGAUCAUGACUUGUAUUUGGAGCACGCGUUCGGUGGCACCGUAGCGAAUUUGUUCGUUUGAGGCACGGUUUCAUUUUGAAUUUGCCAUUGUUUUUGGAGGUGAUGUUUGCAGUAAUAUAAAUACAUUUCAGUUACCAA